GCGCGCGAAUAAGAUGAGAUUGUGAUUUUGCUGUAAAUAACUUAUGUCUUUGUGUGGUUCUCAGAAUACAAUUAAUGGAGAUGAUUUUGUGUAUUAACUUGUUUGUUCUACCACCAUUGUGUUAUACCCCCAAAUACACAAUAUGGUGGAGAUGCUAAAACUUGUUGCUGACUGCUGUUGAAUGAUAAAUUUCUCAAUGAAACCACGUGUUUUUUGGUGUUGCCAUUUCCUACCUUUGAAGGCCAACAAUCAAGUCAUCCUGUUUAUAACAUUGUUGAGUACCUGCCUAUCGUUUGCUUGUUUCCCUACCUGUGUAAAUAUGUCGACCACACCGAUGUACCACUAUUCGUAUAUUAAUGAUUUUGAACAGACACCUGCCAUGUAUCCAACUUCACCAGUACCAUCUCCGCUGACAACUGGGCCACCAUUACUGACUCCUGUUCGCUCAACUCAACACAUUGAUAACCAAGUACCAAUUCCCUCUAGCUUACCAACAAAACUUCAUGGCAUCAGUAUGGUUUCAACCUUUUCCGGUGAAGAAAACCCAACAUAUUUUUUAGAAGAGUUUGACUCGUUUUGUUUACUUCAAGAUCGACAGAAACUUGCUGCUUUCCAUUUACAGCUGAGAGGUCCAGCCCGUAUUUGGUAUUUACAUUUACCUCCUGCUUUUAAACUUUCUUGGCAGUCCUUUGAGAAGGUGUUUACUUCCAAAUAUACAGCCAAGGUCAAUUUUGCCGAUUCCAUAGUUUUCCACCAGCCUUUUUAUUUACUAGCCAACCAGUCAAUAGAUCAAUACCAAAGUUUUUUGAUUGAGAAGUCAGCCAAUUUACACAAGAAUGAUCAAGAACUUAUGUCAAAGUUUAUAUCGGGCUUACCUCCUAAAUUAGCUUUUUUUGUAAGAGCCGGAACACCUACAACACUUGAACAUGCCUACAAUGCUGCUAAGAUGGGUGAAGCCUAUGGCUACCGGGACAGUUUUGCCAAUUCUCAGCUGCCACCAGGCCAUAUUCAACCAAACGUCAUACCGCCUCACAUACCAAUUCCUGAUUUUUCUCAGCCACCUCCCACCAGUACCGGUAACAGUUAUCAGUUUUUACAACAACAAAUUAAUGAUUUGACAAAUCUCAUACAACGUUCUCAGCCAUUUCAAGGCCCUCACCAAAUCCAACACCCAACGCAUUAUACCAAUGUACAGCAACCAACCAAUACUUACCCACCAUCAUCUAAAGUUUGUAAAACUUGUCAUGGUGUUGGCCAUUUCGCCCACAACUGUAACUGGACACAUAAUGGAUCAAUCCGCCCGGAUCUUCGCUGUUCUACGUGUCAACAAUUCGGUCAUUCCGCUAAUUGUUGUAAACUUCAAAAGCAGCCGGGAAACUUGUUCCGCUCAAGGGCUCUAGAGCACAAGCCCUUGAGCUCUGCCAAUCUACAGCUUCAAGCUCCAGUGCUCCCCAAGUAAACCAUUUUAAAUAUCUACCACUGAAAUUUAAAACUCUAGGCCUCCCAGUGACCAUAGUUGGAUUGUUGGACUCGGGCUGUUCUGUCAAUAUUAUUUCUUCUCAUCUAUUCACCAAGUUACCAGUUACCAGUAAAUCUACACUUACUACAACCGAUACUCAUCAACUUACAUUAGCCAAUGAUCAACAGUCUCAACUUUUCCAAUACCACAGUCAGCCCUGCUGAAUUACCUGUCUUGAUGGAUUGUUUGUACUCAUAUCAAGAUAUUUUCAUUACUUCAGAAAAUUCUGAUUUAGGACUUACCUCAAUUGUUGAACAUCAAAUCCAUUUGAACCCUGAUGCAAAACCAAAACAUCAGCGACCUUAUCGCUUACCACCUGAUAAGAAGGAAGUAUUACGCCAUCAAUUAGCUGAGCUUGUCAAGCAGGGUAUUAUAUGUCAAGUUAGUAAUAAGGAUCAUCUACCUAUAACCAGUCCUAUAGUAUUGGUUUCGAAGCGAAAUGUUGAUAAAUCUGAAUACCCUAUUGGUUCAAAAGAAGCUAGUUUAUCACAAUAUCGUUUUUGUGUUGACUUUCGUUACCUCAACUCUCAGACACAAGAUUUCAACUACACUAUCCCAGAUUUGCAAGAGCUAACAGAAUCAUUUACUACUACAACACCUAAUUAUAUAACAUCUAUUGACUUAAGUAGUGGAUUUUUUCAAAUGCCAUUGUCUGAAGAGUCCACUAAUUAUACAGCAUUUUCAACUUGCUUUGGAACGUAUAAAUUUUUACGUCUUCCUAUGGGCCUCAAAACCUCACCAAAUUCUUUUCAGCUUAUGAUGGACAAAAUUUUACACGGUUUGACAUUUAAUUCUGUGUUAUGCUACCUUGAUGAUAUCCUUAUUUAUAGCUCAACAUUCGAUCAACAUAUCAAGGAUAUAAAAGCUGUUUUUGAUCGAUUACGUACAGCUGGCUUAAGACUUAACCCGAAAAAAUGUGCUUUUGCUCAACAAAAGUGUAAAUAUUUGGGACAUGAAAUAUCUGCUGCCGGCAUAAGCCCACCCAACGAUCAUGUGAAGAUUAUUCAAGAUUAUCCUACUCCUAAAACUCCCAAAGAGUUGCGCAGAUUUCUCGGAAUGUUAAAUUGGUUUAGGAAAUUCAUUCCCAAUUAUAGUGCUCUUGCUACUCCUUUGCACAGUUUAUUAAAGAAAAAUGUGUCUUAUAAUUGGGACGAAUCGCAUCAAUCAGCGAUUGAUAAAUUAAAAGAGACAUUGUUAAAUUCCAAAGUAUUAGCUUUUCCUCGCUAUGACCUACCAUUUUAUUUAAGUGUCGACACUUCCAGUCUUGGUAUCGGUUAUAUGCUAUAUCAAAUCCAUCCAGAGUCAGACUUUAAGGACAAGUUAGAUGACAAACAACGAA